CGUGAUGUAAAGCAAUUUAAGCUUUGGCGGCAGCUGUGCUCGCCUACGUGCAGAGGGAGUGAUAGGCGUUAUGUGAGGACUUUUGCCGGUGACGAAGAAUCCACUUGGUAUAUUUGCCGGGCUGGGAAAUAAUCUUACUUGCCACUUAUUCCAUGUGCAAAUUAGAUACCCAUGUCACCGGCAAAAUAAUUAUAGUAAUGCGGAUGAGAUCUGGUUCCCCCAUGGGGACGAUCUGUACCACUUUGCCUCCAUUCCAGUGUAGGCUUUCAACUACCGCGACAUGUAGCUUUGAGACCUGCUUCGUUUGGUUCGCCUUCUCCUGCACGCCUCUGUUGCCAAGACAAAUCCGCCGCCGAGAUGAAGUCGUUCACCAUCGCACUCGCGCUCGCUGCGCCAGUCCAGGCUGGUCUGCGCUUUGGAUGCUCAUCGUUGACCACCCAGCGUCUUGACCCUGUCGUCGAGCCUGGCAACAACCCUUCGGCCCAUGUUCACCACAUCGUAGGCGGAAACGCCUUCAACGCCACGAUGACUGGUGAUGUUGGCGCGAGGGCCACCUGCACCACCUGCGAGAUGUCCGAGGACUUCUCAAACUACUGGACUGCUGUGUUAUACUUCAAGCACCCGACCAAUGGCAGCUAUCACCGAGUUCCGGUGACUAACAAUGCUGCUCUGGCAGCCGGUACUAAGGGUGGCAUGACUGUCUACUACACACCAUACGAUUUCACCACCGACAACUUGAGGAACCAGCCCAUCACGGCUUUCAAGCCGGGUUUCCGCAUGACGGUUGGCAGCCCGACAACCGACACCCUCGAUCAGGCUAAGGGCCACAUUGGUCUGCGAUACAACUGCCUGCAGACCACCCUCAACAGAGGUCCGGAGAUGGUGGACUUCCCCGAUAGGCCCUGCCCGGGCGGUAUCUUCGCUGUUCACCACUUCCCAGCAUGCUGGGAUGGCAAGAACCUUGACAGCCCCGACCACCAGUCACACAUGUACAACACCAUCACGUCUGACGGCUUCACGAAUGCUCCAGCGUGUCCGGCAUCACACCCUAUCCGGAUGCCACAAGUAACUUACGAGACCGUCUGGGACACCACCAAGUUCAACAGCUUGUGGCCUUCGGGAACCCCCAACCCAUUCGUGUGGAGUUUCGAAGGAAGCAGUGGAUAUGGCACUCACGCUGACUACAUGUUCGGCUGGAAAGGCGACUCGUUGCAGCGCGCCAUGAACAAGUCCGAAUGCUUCUACGAUGGCUGCGGUUCCAUCACGAAGCAAACCAUGGCGGUGGCUAACCAGUGCACCGUCCCUGACAUGGUCGGCGAGGAAACCGACGGAUGGCUUGACCACCUUCCGGGUAUGAAGAUGUAAGAGGGGUAUACCAGUAAAUAUUUCAUAGUGGAAGCGGUGACGACUCUCCGCGAUUCGAAGUAGAAGCUCGUUCGUUUCGUCUUAUAAAUCCAUUGGGUCAUGGUCAGUUUUGGUAAAGAGAGCCCAUAGUUAUUUUAGAAAUGGCGCUUCGCGUCAUAUCACUUGCAA